AUGAUAUACAACAUAUAUAUAUUUAAUAAAGACGGAACAUGUAUAUAUUAUGAAGAUUGGAAUAAAAAAAAACAGUCUCAAAAUCAAUCAGAGGAUCAAAAAUUAUUGUUUGGUAUGCUUUAUUCCUUAAAAGCAUUUAUUACUUCAUCAUCACCAAAAAAAAUUGACGAUAAAACAGGAUUUCAUUGUUAUAAAACAUCAACUUAUAAAUUACAUUAUUAUGAAACAUUAUCAUGUAUUAAAUUUAUAAUAAUGUCUGACCCAAAUGUCCCUGACCUUAGAGAUGAUUUAAAAAAGAUAUACAGUCAAAUUUUUGUAGAAUAUGUUAUAAAGAAUCCAAUCUAUAAACAUGGUACAACAGUAAAAUGUGAUACUUUCAUUAAUCAGUUAAAUUUAUAUUUAAAACAAAUGCCUUCUUUUUCAAGUUAA